AUGAGUUCUCAUAUGGAAUUUGAAGUCAGCUUAGAUGAAUCUGACAACAGAGGUCUCGCUACGCUCGACGCAAGGGACAGUUCGCCUGAUUUUUCCGGUGAGCUCUUGAAUUUGGUGCUUGUUGACGGUGCUGUUUCAGGAUCCUUCUCCGGCGUCUAUUGCAGCGGUUUUCUCCUAGCGGCGGGAUCUUUCACUCGAUCUGAGAUUGUGGUGGUGCAUCACCGUGAUUCUUCAGAUAUCGUUGUGUCCCUCUUGUGUGUUGGGUUCUCCGAGGCAUUGGGGUUUCUGUUUUAUGGUGGUCAAUGUGUCUCCUCCUUUGGUGGGCUGUUAAGGGUGGUAGCUUCUUCAGCAAUGGUCAUGGCUUCUCCAUGUCCUUUUGUCUUUGUCCCUGACGCAUCAUCUCCGGUUGUUCUAAGGUCGAGUUUUGUUGUUAAGGUGUUGUUAGUUUCUGUUCUUGUUGUGAAUAGUCUUGUGGACGGACCUUGGAUAGUCAUGCUCGUGGCAACUAGGAUGAAGAUUCCAAUGCUUCGGUACUGCGGCAACAACGCAAAUUUCCGAGCUUCGUGGACUCAGAAUCGGUGUUUCUCCUCCUAA